AUGGAUGUCGUGUCAAAAAGAUUCGCUCUCUUCGGCUUUAUUGCUGGGUGGAGCAUUGCAACCACUGCUGAGACUGAGACCGGACCUACCUUCCAGCUUGCACUGGCAGUCGUCUCAUGCAUAUACUUUCUAGACGACAAGAUGAAAAACCUUAGCAGGGCGUCUACUACAGGGCUUGGACUCUUUGCGAGCGGCUGGGUAGUAGGUUUGCUGGGUGGCUUGCGUCGGCCGCCGAAGCCCGCCGAGGUGAUGCCCUACUUCUGCCUGCGUCUCCCCGCACCCCUCCUACACACCACAAAGGGCGAUGGAGAGAUCAGAUUGUUGUUGUCGCUGUUCUUCUACUACAUAUUCAGUUCAGAAAAGUUCAGCUUCGCACAGGAUGGAAGUUCAACUGCUGGGGGCACUAGCAACAGCGGUGUUUCGCUUGAUUGUAGUUUCUGCGUUUUUGCUACUGCCAGCAAAUGA